AUGGCUGGCCGCGUGCGCCAGCCCAUCAACGUGGGCAACUUGGAGCGGUGGAUCUCCAAGCACGUCCCCGAGAUUGAGCUGCCCAUCGAUGUCAAGCAGUUUGGCUUUGGCCAGUCCAACCCAACCUAUCAGCUGACCGCGGCCGACGGCCAGCGCUUCGUGCUGCGCAAGAAGCCGCCGGGUCGUCUGGUCUCCAAGACUGCCCACAAGGUCGAGCGCGAGUACCGCAUCAUCUCGGCCCUGGCCAAAACCGACGUCCCCGUGCCGCGCGCUUACUGCCUGUGCGAGGAUGAGUCUGUCAUUGGCACCCCCUUCUAUAUCAUGGAGUUCCUCGACGGCCGCAUCUUUGAGGACCCUGUGAUCCCCAAUGUGUUACCCGACCACCGGCGCGCUAUCUGGGCCGAUGCUGUGCGCACCCUGGCUAAGCUUCACCGCAUCGACCCUAAGUCUAUCGGCCUCGAAAACUUUGGCAAGCCCACGGGUUUUUAUUCGCGCCAGGUCGCUACUUGGCGCUCGAUCUGCGAUGCGCAGGCCCAGGUCCGCGAUAUCGAGACUCGCGAGCCUGUUGGCCAGCUGCCGUUCUUCGAGGAGAUGAUGGAAUUUUUCGCCGACGAGAGCCAGCAGCCUGCCGAUCGCGGUACCCUUAUCCACGGCGACUUCAAGAUCGAUAACCUGGUCUUCCACAAGACCGAGCCGCGCGUCAUUGGUGUCUUGGACUGGGAAAUGUCCACGAUAGGCCAUCCCCUCUCCGACCUCUCCAACCUCCUAACCCCCUACUUCACCGCACGCCUCGACCCCCGUCGCUCGGUCAACGUGCACCCCGGCUUCCUGCCGCGCGCUACUCGCGGCCUGCCAACCCACGACGAGAUUACGGCGCUCUACUUCUCGGUCGUUGACCGGCCCGAGUCCUCUUCUCUUGACCUCGCCCCACGCAUCGACGACGCUGUGCGCCAGCGCGAGCUGCAGUGGGCCCAGGCCUUCAACAUAUUUCGGCUAUCAGCUAUUUGCCAGGGCAUUGCUGCUCGUCAGGCCGGUCGUCAGGCGAGCAGCGAGCAGGCGAGGCGGUAUGGUGAUGCCCGGACGCCGCUGGCUGAGUUUGCGUGGGAGCUGGUGCAGGAGACGAAGAAGACGGGUCAGGUUGGGCAGAAGGGCAACUCGAAGAGUGAGAAUAAGGGGAAGAAGCAGGAUGCUAAUGGUGGCAGCAGGUCGUCGAAGUUAUGA